AAGCUUUUCGCGUCAGCUGUUGUCACAAAGUGCUUUAGAGAUACCUGCUGCCCUACAAAGCAAAAAGGCACUAACUGCUCAUAGUGUGGAACUGAGAAAAAUUGCUUUUAUUUACCUUGGUUUCACAGCAUGACCCCCAUUUUCUCCAAAACAAAAUACGAGGCAGGAUACUUGUCCCCAUGAUUAAGCAUGUAUUUCAUGUAUCAAAAAUGACAUUAACUCUUUUUUUGACCAAAUGAGCAGUUACUGCCUUUUUGCUUGAUAGGGCAGCCUGGCUUAGACCUCAGAGCAAGCUGAGGUGAAAUCAGUGUCCAAGAAAAACUCCCUAAAAAAUCUUAGAGGAACCUGGCUCAGCGGUAUGACCCAUCCUCUUCUGGAUGUAAGUCGUUUUUUAAAAUGUUGUUUCUGUAAUGAUCUUCCUUAUGUCCCAGUCCCAGUCUAUAAUUUCGAUAGAUGGCGCUAUAUAUUAAAUAAUUUGCACAUUUACUGGGGACCUAUCACACCUUAUGCCUCUGCCUUAUUGCUUAAUUACAUUUACAAAAGUGGGGGCAGCAACAUUUGCUAUAUUAAUUGACUUUUAUUGACAUCAAAUUGUACCCCACAAAAGUGCCGAUAUUACACUUACUGUAGUCCUGUCUUUUUAGCUGCAAACUACUAGAGAUGUGCAAUGCUGAUAGGACCUAGUAUAAGCUCCCUCUGGUGGCAGAAUACCCGAGAGUUUGGACCAACUGAGACUCCGUACUGAAGAGAGCGAGAUGAACCUGCUACAGUCUCCUUUUUGCUUCAUAUCAACACCAAACCUGACUGAAUUGACUGAAUUAUGAAGAUAGAAGAUUUACUACACUGUAUUUUGCAUAUUGCCCUCCGUAAAUGAUCAAACAAAAUGAGGCAUUCAUAUCUGCCAUGUCUUUUAUAUGGCAAAACGUUUUUAACAGUAUCUGCACGAAAAAUGAAAUGACCGAUUUUAUCAUCAGAAAUAAAACGGGCUCCAUGCUUUAUUACGUGCAUUUUUUGUGAGGGCUUUUUGUUAUUUUAGUUUUUUUUUAAUGACAUUUACAGAUUUCAUAUAAAAGCUUGAUGCAACAAAAAGGAAAUGCAUUCAUAGAAGAGAGGAGGAUUGCUUGCCACCUCAAGGUGAUAGUGGGAGCCAGUGUGCAGCAGUCCAGGCCCAGGGGAGGGACCGACCGAGUGGAUGCCCCAGCCUGUGCGGCAGGGGCGACAGUCUCGACCAUGACUCGGCUGAUGCUGGGCCGGACCCUGGAGCGCAUCUGCAAGGCUGUCCUGCUGCUCUGCCUGGUGCACUUCGUCAUCAUGAUGAUCCUCUACUUCGACGUCUACAGCCAGCGAUUUGACCAGAUCUUCAGCCGCUUCAACAACGGCCGCAACGCCAGCCGCAACGGACACCACUACUACUACAACCUCAGCCGGCCCAACGCCACCUACGCCAGCUACCUGGCCACCGCAGACCAGCUGCUGCCCACCGUACGACCCGAGGGAAACCACACGCCGCCCACUACCAAGCCUGUACCACCUUGCCCGGAGAUACCCCCUGGUCUAGUGGGCCGCCUCCUCAUCGAGUUUGCCUCCCAGAUGACAAUGGAACGAGUGCAGAAGGAGAACCCCAAUGUGACGGAGGGGGGCAAGUACACCCCACCGGACUGCCGCACUAAACAGAAGGUGGCUAUCAUUAUCCCGUUCAGACACAGAGACAACCACCUCAAGUACUGGCUGCACUACCUGCAUCCCAUCCUACGACGGCAGAAGAUCGACUACGGCAUCUAUAUCAUAACCCAGCUUGGUGAGGAAACCUUCAACAGAGCCAAGCUCCUGAACGUGGGCUACACUGAGGCCCUGAAGGAUGCCGAGUAUGACUGCUUCAUCUUCAGCGACGUGGACCUCAUCCCUAUGGACGACCGUAACCUCUACCACUGUUACGACCAGCCACGACACUUUGCCAUCGCUAUGGACAAGUUUGGCUUUAGGCUUCCUUACGCUGGGUACUUUGGCGGGGUUUCUGGGCUGAGCAAAAAACAGUUUCUCAAGAUCAAUGGCUUCCCCAACGAGUACUGGGGCUGGGGAGGAGAGGAUGAUGAUAUCUAUAACAGGAUCACCCUCAACGGGAUGAAGGUGGUUCGACCGGACGUCCGGAUCGGCCGCUACAGGAUGAUCAAACACGAAAGAGACAAGCACAAUGAACCCAACCCACAAAGAUUCAAUAAGAUCCAGAACACCAAGAACACUAUGAAGAGAGACGGGAUCAGCACGUUAACGUACCGUGUGCUCCAGUUUAAGAAGUACCCUCUCUACACCAACAUCUCUGUGGAGAUCGGCAAGCCCCCGCCCCGGCCUUUCAGGGGAUAG